AUGGACUCCUUCACGGACAUCAGAGGUCUCAUCGUUUCCCUUCAGAACGUACCUAUCCAAGCGCGAGAAAGUGAGGCAAGCGACGUACCACGCGACGAGGAGUGGGGUACGACCAGCAGGACGUUCUGCACCAUAUCCUAA